AUGAAAUAUGCAAUUAUUUCGCACAAUAUUGAUUUUGUUUCGUUCUUGAUGAAUGAAUACAAUAUAGAGAUUGAUUUAGAGUAUUGUGGUGUUUAUCAAAAUCUCGAUGUAUUUUUUGUUUAUUUCGAUCAAACGAAUGAUAUUAACAAAUGCUUUCUUUAUUCAACAAUUUUUGGCAUUCCAUCCCUUUGCGAAUAUUUCCUUUCACAAGGUGCAAAUAUCAAUUCAAAAAAUAUUUAUGGAUCAACAGCUCUAUAUUAUGCAUCUUGUUUUGAUUCCUUCGAAGUUGUUAAAUUUCUUAUUUCACAUGGUGUAAAUAUCAAUGAGAAAAAUAUUUUGAGAGAAACUGCUCUUCAUAAGGCAGCAUUUAAUAAUAGUAAAGAAAUCGUUGAAUUUCUUCUAGCUCAUGGUGCAAAUGUCAAUGAGAAAGAUAAUCUCAAUGAAACCGCUUUUGAUAAAGCAGUAUUUAAUAAUAAUAAUUAUAAAAAAAUCAUUGAAUUUCUUAAUUCACAAGAUGGAAAUAUCAAUAAGAAAAAUAUUUUGGGAAAGACUGCUCUUCAUAAGGCAGCAUUUAAUAAUUGUAAAGAAAUAUCUGAAAUUCUUAUUUCAUAUGGCGCAAAUAUCAAUGAGAAAAAUAGAUGCGGAGAUACCGCUCUUCAUAAAGCAGCAUUUAAUAAUUAUAAAGAUAUUGUUGAAAUUCUUAUUUCAUUUGGUGCAAAUAUCAAUGAGAAAAAUGAUUACGGAGAUACCGCUCUUCAUCAUGCAAUAUUUAGUAAUAGUAAAGAAGCUGCUGAAUUUCUUAUAACGCAUGGUGCAGAUAUCAAUAAGAAAAAUAAAGAAGGAAAAACUGCUCUUUAUUAUGCAGCAAUAAAGGAUUUGAAAGAAAUAGUUGAAGUUCUGAUUUCACAUGGUGCAGAUGUCAAAUCUUGA